UCAUUCUCGUAUUUCCCUCCCACAAAGACAGACACUGUCGUGAAAUCAAACAGCACCACCAACAAACACGCUUCCAUUAUUCAGUCUACGCUCUUCACACACCAAACUUAUGGCAAAUUCUGCUUCUGCUAGCUUCUCCACUCAAGCAAACGCGCUUCUUCUCAAGAACAUUACCUUUCAGAAACGGAAUGUGAAAACCAACCUUCGGCUGAUUCUGGUCCCGGUGGUGCUAUGCUUGUUGCUUUUCCUGCUCCAACUCUUAUUCGACACGCAAUUGAAUAAAAGCAAAUUCAAAUGCGGCUGCGUGUGUGCCGACAACAGAACCAAAAUCUCUCAGUGCCCUGAGUCAGAGAAGCGGUGCGGGGUCCAGUAUUCCGAUUUCUUUCAAGCCGCCAUGUGCGCCAUUCCCAACCCCGUCGAAUGGCCACCGCUCUUGCAACUUCCUGCUCCCCCGAACCGGGCUGUGCGAACCGGUUUUCUUCCCUUUUUCGAUUUGCCCGAUGCAUCGUGCAGGAGAACCGACUCGUGUCCUCUUUCUCUGCUCUUCACCGGAGAGAAUCACUCCUUUGCGCUGAGCGUAUCUGAGAACAUGUUUCGGAGUGCCCUGAGUAUAAGUGAUUUUGGUAGUAAUUUCCUUGCUGGUUUGGCCGUGAAUGUACUGGGAUCUGAAUCAAAACCUGGAAGGAACAAUUUUAUUGAACCUGCUUUCUCUUCGAAACUCCCCAUUUAUUAUUUACAAACAAACUGCACAGGAACAGAGAACUCUGGAUUCUCCUUUCCCUCGCUGACAGGAGCAAACAAUGAGAUUAAAUGUGCUCUGGCUAAAAAUUUAUGGCGUAAUAGUUCUACUGAGAUCAACAGUGAGCUAUACAAAGGUUAUCAAAGAGGUAACUCAGAGGGACAAAUCAAUGAGAUAGUUUCAGCUUUUGAUUUUCUAAAUUCAAAUGGUAAUAGAUAUAAUGUUGGUAUAUGGUACAACUCAACCUACUAUCAAGAAGACACAGGAAUUAGUGCCAAUGCAUUGUUGCGGAUUCCUCGCUCUGUAAAUCUGAUUUCCAAUUCCUACCUGCAGUUUCUGCUUGGACCCGGAACCAAAAUAAUUUUUGAGUUUGUAAAGGAAAUGCCAAAACCUGAGACCAUUUUUAGGCUUGACAUAUCUUCUAUCGUGGGCUCUCUGUUCUUUACAUGGGUCAUCUUGCAACUUUUUCCUGUUAUUUUGACAUCAUUAGUAUAUGAGAAGCAACAAAAAUUACGAAUCAUGAUGAAAAUGCAUGGUCUUGGUGAUAGGCCAUACUGGAUGAUUUCAUAUGGUUAUUUUCUUGUCAUAUCAGUAAUUUACAUGUUGUGCUUUGUGAUAUUUGGCUCACUCUUAGGAUUAAAAAUCUUCACAGUCAAUGACUACAGCAUCCAAUUUGUAUUUUAUUUUAUCUAUAUAAACUUACAAAUUGCGCUAGCAUUUUUGGUGGCUACCAUGUUUUCAAAUGUCAAGACUGCAACAGUAACUGCAUAUAUAGGUGUCUUUGGAACCGGGUUAUUAGGUGGCUUUCUUUUCCGAUUCUUUGUUCAAAAUACAUCAUUUCCAAGAGGGUGGAUAAUUCUUAUGGAGUUGUAUCCUGGGUUUGCUUUAUACCGAGGGUUAUAUGAGUUAGCACAAUUUUCCAUUCAAGGGAAUAGAAGGGGGACUGAUGGUAUGAAGUGGCAUAGUCUGAGUGAAAGCACUAAUGGCAUGAAAGAGGUCUUAAUUAUCAUGUUUGCUGAGUGGAUUGUGAUACUUUUUGCUGCCUUCUACAUUGAUCAAGUUUUGUCAUCAGGAAGUAGAAAAUGUCCUCUUUUCUUAUUGAAAGGAUUUCAGAAAAAGUCUCCUUUCCAAAAGCUUGACACCCAAAUGGAGGUGUCAAAAGAAUUCUCUCAAAUGGAGAAACCUGAUGUCAUCCAAGAGAAGGAGAAGGUGGAGGAGCUGCUACUUGAACCAACUAUUAAUCAUGCAAUUUUAUGUGACGAUCUAAGAAAAGUCUAUCCAGGGAGGGAUGGAAAUCCAGAUAAAUUUGCAGUAAGAGGGUUGUUCCUUUCUGUGCCUCAUGGGGAAUGCUUUGGUAUGCUCGGUCCCAAUGGAGCUGGGAAGACCUCUUUUAUCAAUAUGAUGAUUGGUCUCACAAAACCAACCUCUGGUAGGGCAUUUGUUCAAGGCUUGGACAUAAGAACUCAAAUGGGUGGAAUAUAUACUACCAUGGGUGUAUGUCCACAACAUGACUUGCUGUGGGACAGCUUGACAGGUAGAGAGCACCUACUUUUUUAUGGCAGACUAAAAAAUCUUAGAGGCUCAGUCCUGACGCAAGCAGUAGAGGACUCUUUGAAGGGUUUAAACCUUUUUCACGGAGGAGUUGCUGAUAAACAAGUUGGAAAGUACAGUGGAGGGAUGAAGAGGAGGCUUAGUGUUGCAAUUUCAUUGAUUGGGGAUCCCAAAGUUGUUUACAUGGAUGAACCAAGUUCCGGAUUAGACCCUGCCUCAAGAAAAAGCUUAUGGAAUGUCGUCAAGCAUGCAAAACAGAACCGUGCAAUCAUUCUCACCACACAUUCCAUGGAAGAGGCAGAGGCCUUAUGUGAUCGAUUGGGCAUUUUUGUCAAUGGCAGCUUGCAGUGUGUAGGAAAUGCAAAAGAGCUUAAAGCAAGGUAUGGAGGAACCUACGUGUUGACAGUGACAACAUCUUCAGAGCAUGAAAAAGAUGUGGAGAACAUGGUGCAGAAACUCACCCCAAAUGCCAACAAGAUAUACCAUCUGUCGGGUACUCAGAAGUUUGAGCUGCCAAAAGAGGAUGUAAGAAUAUCAGAUGUGUUCCAAGCUGUUGAUGUUGCAAAGAGAAAGUUCAGUGUUUGUGCAUGGGGUUUAGUUGACACCACAUUGGAAGAUGUAUUCAUUAAGGUAGCACGUGAGGCUCAGGCAUUUGAUACCUUAUCAUAAUUAUCAUACACAAUAAACUGCUCAGAA